AUGUCCAAAACCUCUACCAAAGUUGCCGAUAAGGCCAGCAAGGGCAGCAAGGCCUUGAACAAGGUCAAGGAUGCCGGUGUCACCAAGUCCUCCAAGAGCAGCAAGGCUGUUGCCAGCAAGGUUGCUGCCAAGGUUGCCGCCAAGGAGAAGUCUUCCAAGAAGUCAAAGAAGAAGGAGCCUACUCCUAGCUCCUCCGAGUCUGAGUCUGAGUCCGAUGAGGAGAUGAAGGAUGCCUCUAGCUCCGAGUCUUCCGACUCUGAGUCCGAGGAGGAGAAGCCCGCUCCCAAGAAGGCCGAGAAGAAGGUUGCUGCCAAGGCUGAGUCUUCUGACUCUUCCGACUCUUCCGACUCUGAGUCCGAGUCCGAGGAGGAGAAGCCUGUUGCCAAGAAGGCUGAGAAGAAGGUUGCUGCCAAGGCUGAGUCUUCUGACUCUUCCGACUCCUCCGACUCUGAGUCUGAGGAUGAGAAGCCCGCUACCAAGAAGGCCGUGAAGAAGGUUGCUGCCAAGGCUGAGUCUUCUGACUCUUCCGACUCCUCUGACUCCGAGUCUGAGGAGGAGAAGCCCGUUGCCAAGAAGGCCGAGUCUUCUGACUCCUCCGACUCUGACUCUGACUCUUCUGAGUCCGAGGCUGAGGCCAAGAAGGCCGAGUCUUCCGACUCCGAGUCUGGCUCUGACUCUGACUCUGAUUCUGAGGAGAGCGAGGAGACCCCUGUUUCCAAGAAGCGCAAGGCCGAUGAGGAGCCUGCCGCUGCCGCCAAGAAGUCCAAGACUGAGGAUGUUCCCGAGGGUGCCUCCGCCAACCUCUUCAUCGGCAACCUGUCAUGGAACGUCGAUGAGGAGUGGCUCCAGCGCGAGUUCUCCGAGUUCGGUGAGCUCUCCGGAGUCCGCAUUGUCACCGACCGCGAGACUGGUCGCUCCCGUGGCUUCGGUUACGUUGAGUACACCAACGCUGCCGAUGCUGCCAAGGCCAUGGAUGCCAAGAAGGGUACCGAUCUUGAUGGUCGCACCAUCAACCUGGACUACGCUACUGCCCGUCAGUCCAACCCCCAGCAGGGUGCCGACCGUACUCAGGCCCGCGCCAAGUCCUACGGUGACCAGACCAGCCCCGAGAGCGACACUCUCUUCGUUGGCAACCUUCCCUUCAGCGCUUCCGAGGAUGCUCUCCACGAGGUCUUCGGCGCCCAGGGCUCCGUCCUCGGUAUCCGUCUGCCCACUGAGCAGGAGACCGGCCGCCCCAAGGGUUUCGGUUACGUUCAGUUCUCUUCCAUUGAUGAGGCCAAGGCUGCCCACGCUGCUCUCCAGGGUCACGAGCUCGAGGGCCGUGCUAUCCGUCUCGACUUCAGCACUCCCCGUCCCCAGGGUGGUGACCGUGGUGGCUUCGGUGGCCGCGGUGGUGGUCGCGGUGGUGGCCGUGGUGGCUUCGGUGGUCGCGGCGGCGGCGGCGGCUUCGGCGGUCGUGGUGGUGGUGGUCGCGGCGGUGGCCGUGGUGGCUUCGGUGCUCCUCGCGGUGGUGCCCUCAACAAGGGCAAGGGUAGCAUCCCUGAGUACAAGGGUACCAAGGUUACCUUCUAA